AUGCCUGAAAUUAUUCUAUCGAUAAAUGCGGGCUCAUCGAGCGUCAAGAUAUCCGUCUACAAAACUCCAGACAAUGACUCGCGAGUACCUACGCAACUCGCAGAAGCAACAGUAGAGGGACUUACAGCGCCGCCUGCAAAGCUCAAGUACGAGCGCGGCGAUGAAAAGAUCAAAGGUAGAGAGCUGGAAAAUGUGAAAACACAAGAAGACGGAUUCCGCUACAUCUUGGACCACCUUACCAACGAUGAGGGACUGGCUGAGCUAAAUCGAAAAGAGGAUAUUCACUUCACAUGCCAUCGCGUUGUGCAUGGAGGUGACUAUCCCAGAAGCCAGGUCAUCGACAAGGAGACAUACCACCACAUCGAGGAGCUAUCUGACCUCGCGCCCCUCCAUAACGCACCUGCACUCACCAUCGUCCGCGCCGUGGCCGAGAUCCUCCCAAAUGCGAAGAACAUCGCAUACUUUGACUCUUCUUUCCAUAACACACUGCCGGACUCUAUAUGCACCUACGCCAUCGACCAAGAAGUCGCGCAGAAGAACAAACUGCGAAAGUAUGGGUUUCAUGGCAUCAGCUAUUCCUUCAUCACCAACGCUGUAGCUACUCACUUGAACAAGCCCAUGGACCAGGUCAACAUUAUUGCGCUCCAUCUUGGCUCCGGCGCAUCUACAUGUUGCAUCAAGGGCGGCAAGUCGCUCGACACAACGAUGGGACUAACCCCGCUGGCUGGUCUACCAGGGGCGACGCGGUCAGGCUCCAUCGACCCGUCCUUGAUGUUCCAUUACACGCACAGCGCGGGCAAGCCAUCGCACAGCUCCAGCGAGAAACUACACAUCACACAAGCCGAGGAGAUUCUAAAUAAGAAGAGCGGCUGGAAGAGUCUCACCGGAACGACCGACUUUGGCAAGAUCAGUUCUUCCGACCGCCACGAGGAUAAGCUUGCGUUCAACAUCUUCGUCGACCGCAUCUUGAACUACGUCAGCCCUUACUUCACCAAGCUCGAUGGCGAAGUCGAUGCUCUCGUCUUUGCGGGAGGAAUUGGAGAGAAGGGUGGCAAACUGAGGCAGGCAGUCGUGCAGGGUGUGAAGUGCUUGGGCUUUGCCAUUGACAAGAAGAAUGAGGCUCAAGUGGAUGAGGUGGUCACGGAUAUUAGCUCUAGCAGCGCGCGGUAUAAAACACUGGUUGUCCAGACUGAUGAGCAGUUGGAGAUGGCAAGAGCUAUAGUACAACUAGAGGAUUAG